AUGUUCAUUCCGACCGGUGAACAGUUAUUCUCUGAAGAAUCAGAGGAACCUCUGAAGACCUGGGGAAGCCAAGCAGACCUGCUCAGUGCGGAGGAAGAGGGGCGCCCUGCCUCUGCAGCCAGUGUGGGCUCUGUGGUGGUGCAGGAUCGACUCAAUGAACUGGUGCGACUCUUCAAAGGACGAACUGAGACCAAGAAAGACAAACUGGUGGAUCCUGACGACUCGGAGGAGGAUAGCCCCAAAGCCUCUCCAGCUAAAGCCCCACCCCCUCCUCCCCCUCCUCCCCCCGGAGACGAGAAGAAGGAUGCGCCACCUGCUGGUGAGGAGGAGAAGGAGGAGGGCAUUUGGAUGGAGUUUGAAAUUGAAAUUUUGGGGCAGCCGCUGAAGCUCCCCAUCCCCAAACCUCCUCCGAUGCCCGACUGGGUGUGGGCCAUUCUCCAGUACCGCUUCCCUUCCAGCAUCGACCCUUUCACUGACCUGAUCUACGUGUUCUGGCUCUUCCUGGUGGUGGCGGCGUGGAACUGGAACGUGUGGCUGAUCCCGGUGCGCUGGGCCUUCCCGUACCAGACCCCUGAGAACAUCCACCUGUGGCUCAUGAUGGACUACAGCUGCGACCUCAUCUACAUCCUGGACAUCCUGGUGUUCCAGCCCAGACUGCAGUUUGUGCGCGGCGGAGACAUAGUGAGUGACAAAAAGGAGAUGAGAGAGCACUACAUGACUACGGAGCGGUUCAAGAUGGAUGUGAUGAGCUUGUUUCCGAUGGAGAUCUUAUACUAUUUCACUGGAGUCAACUCUCUGCUGCGGUUCCCUCGCCUCCUGAAGUACACCGUUUUCAGUGAGUUCAACGACAGAAUGGAGGCAGUGAUGAAGAAGGCCUACAUCUACAGAGUGAUCCGGACCUCGUCAUACCUGCUCUACUCGCUGCACAUAAACGCCUGCCUGUUCUAUGUGGGCUCUGACUACGAAGGACUGGGAUCCACCAAGUGGGUUUACAAUGGGAAAGGAAACGCGUACAUUCGCUGUUAUUACUUUGCUGUGAAAACCCUGAUCACAAUCGGGGGCUUGCCAGACCCCACCACUGUCUUCGAGAUCUGCUUUCAGCUCAUCAACUACUUUGUGGGCGUGUUUGCCUUCUCCAUCAUGAUCGGACAGAUGAGGGACGUGGUGGGGGCAGCGACCGCGGGGGAGAACUACUACCGCGCUUGUAUGGACAGCACCGUCAAAUACAUGACGUCGUACCACAUCCCCCGUGACGUGCAGAACCGGAUCAAGACCUGGUACGACUACACCUGGAUGAGCCAGGGCAUGCUGGAUGAGCAGGAGUUAUUGAUCCAGCUUCCGGAGAAAAUGAGGAUGGACAUCGCUGUAGAUGUGAACUACAGCAUUGUCAGUAAAGUUGCUUUGUUUCAGGGCUGCGACCGGCAGAUGGUUUUCGACAUGCUCACCAGGCUCAAGUCUGUGGUCUUCCUGCCCGGAGACUUUGUGUGUAAGAAGGGGGAGAUUGGUCGAGAGAUGUACAUCAUAAAACAGGGCGAGGUGCAGGUGGUGGGAGGUCCCGACUUGAGCACAGUCUUUGUGACGAUACGAGCCGGGUCUGUGUUUGGAGAGAUCAGUUUGUUGGCGGGCGGCGGCGGAAACAGACGGACAGCGAAUGUGAAAGCUCAUGGUUUCGCAAACCUCAUGAUUCUGGACAAGAAAGACCUGGCCGAAAUCCUGGUGCACUACCCCGAGUCGCAGAAACUGCUGCGCAAGAAGGCCAAGACAAUGUUGACGAAGGAUAAGAAGCCGGACGAGAAGGAGGGCAGGGAGGCCGUGGUGGUGAUCCCUCCCAGACCAGAGACGCCAAAGAUGUUCAAAGCAGCUCUGAAAGUGACGGAGCAGGCCGGGAUCGAGGGCACCUUCGCCAAACUCAAGGCCACCUACAAACCAGCCGAGGGAGAGCCGGACCCCUCUUUGCCCCCCCAGCCUCCGCCCUCGCCCAUGCACCGCCGCAGCCCCAUCCCGGUCUUCAAGGUCCAAGACGACGACGACGCUGUGGCUGAGAGCGCAGACAGCACGCUCCGGAUCAGAAUGACCCCACGGAGAGAGGGAGAGGAGGUGCUGAGCGUGGAGAUGAGCCAAGAGGAGGCACCGGAGAAAGAGAAGAAGAAGUGA